GCGUAGUUGAACGAGGUGAAAGGUGACAAAAAGCCCGGCUGCAGGAAGAUGGCUGAGAAGGAGCAGCACACAGAUCAUGCAGAGGAUGAGAUCCCUCCGUCCCUCGUCGGACACACAUUUAUUGUACCAAAGAAGGAGAUUAACAUGGUUCCAGACAUGGGCAAGUGGAAACGAUCACAGGCCUACGCAGAUUACAUAGGGUUCGUACUUGCCCUGAACGAGGCAGUCAAGGGAAAGAAACUGACUGACGAUUACACAGUCUCUGAGGUGAUCCACAAACUGAUGGCUCUGCUUGAUACCUUGGAUCGCUGGAUCGACGAGACGCCCCCUAUGGACCAACCUUCCCGAUUCGGCAACAAGGCCUUUCGCACCUGGUAUGCCAGGCUUGAUAAGGAAGCGGAGAGUCUUGUUUCCACUGUGAUCCCGGUGCAUCUGAGUGCAGCAGUGCCCGAAGUGGCCUUAUACCUAAAAGAAUCCGUAGGAAACUCUACACGCAUUGAUUACGGCACAGGUCACGAGGCUGCCUUUGCCGCUUUCCUGUGCUGCCUGUGUAAAAUUGGCGUUCUCAAGGUGGACGACCAACUAGCCAUUGUCUUCAGAGUGUUCAACCGGUAUCUGGAAGUCAUGAGAAAGCUUCAGAAGACCUACCGAAUGGAACCAGCGGGCAGCCAAGGGGUCUGGGGCUUGGAUGACUUCCAGUUUCUUCCUUUUAUAUGGGGAAGUGCUCAGCUUGUAGAUCAUUCCACCUUGGAACCAAGGCAUUUUGUGGAUGAGAAGAUAGUGAAUGAAAAUCACAAAGAUUAUAUGUUCCUAGAGUGUAUCCUGUUCAUUACUGAGAUGAAGACGGGACCUUUUGCAGAACACUCCAAUCAGCUGUGGAACAUCAGCGCUGUCCCUGCCUGGUCCAAAGUCAACCAGGGUCUCAUUCGCAUGUACAAAGCAGAGUGUUUGGAGAAGUUUCCAGUGAUCCAGCACUUUAAGUUCGGCAGCCUGCUGCCCAUCCAGCCUGUCAAAUCUUAAAGGAUCCAGGCCAGCGCUGAAAGCACAUUGCUCCACCUCCAGCACCCCGGGCCCAUCUUCCACCGCCCUCAUCUUCUCCCCAGUCACCGACCCGGGGGCCUUCUUUGUAUUUAUAUUCUUAAGCCAGGAAGGAUCCUACUGGGACUCUGUGGAACACAUUUGGGGAGAGGAGCGAGGGACAGGAAUCCGUUGGCUUUAGCAAUAGUACAUGCUCUUGUCUCUGUGUAUAUGAAUUGAGGGUACGUAAUGGGUUGCUCUAGGGGUCUGUUUCUUUAGCUUCACAUCUGCUUCUACUUUACAGGAUUGGCAGCCUUUGGCUCCCAACUGCAGGCAUCCACCCGCCAGCCUAAAUUUGCCCAAUUCUCUGUAAAAUCAGCCCAGCUUGCACUGCUCAUGUGACAAGGUCUUGGGUUUCUUAGCCAGUUCUAGAAUGCUCCAUUUCUCCUGCACUAUUCCAGCAGACACACGUAGGUCUUUUUUUAUUUUCGUUUUUGCCUCUGCCAGUGUCCUAAAAGCACACAGAAUUCUCUAAACCAGCUUCUAAUAUUGUUGUUCUGCUGUGAGCUAAACACAGAGUUCUAGUCUCUACUGCAAUCUAUAGGCCGGGUCAGGCAGACUGAGUUAAUAAAAUUCCAAAAUCC